UACCAAGCUUGAAACCGUAAAACAUUAUAUUUGUUGUAAAAAAUUAAAGAAAAAAAACUAAAUUUAUAAUGUCCAUACAAUAAUUAAGUGAGAAUCUUAUAAACCAGUGUGAAUUUCAAAUCAAGUUCUGAUCAAUGGCCACAUGCGCUGCCGAAAUUUCCGACGAAACUAAUUUAUCUGACAUGUUCGAAGAGGCUUUUGCAUUAUUCAACGGUUUUGAUAAUUGCUCCGAUCCUAUGAAUGAAACAUCCUUUCAGGCAAAGGUUAAGCGUUGCAUGCGACUCUUUGAAGAUACCACAAGACUCGUCAGCGCAGCUGAUAUUUUCAGUACAAAUGAGAGAUUUGAUGAACUGUCAACAGAGCACCUUCGUUAUUUAUUAUUACCUGCAUUUCUUGGAGAAUUAAGUUUAAAAUUAUGUGGUGGCAAUAGAUCAGAAAUAGUGGAUGUCGCAGAUAUUUAUUUCAGGGAUUUUUUAAAACGUUGUUCAGAUUAUGGUUUAUCAGGUACUGAAGCAACAGCCACCUCAAUAUCUAUAGAUUCUGGGUCAGGACAACAUGCUCAUCUUGCUACAAUGAUUGGGUCACGAAAUGCAAAAUUACAAAAAUUUCGAGAGCAAAAGGAGCUAGAAAGCCGUUUGAAGAUUUUGCAGGAAUAUAUGAAUUUUGAAACAGUUGAUGAAGAUACUAGAAGAGAGUAUUACGUAACAAUAAUAAAAACAUAUGUGAUUAAAGCUAAAGAUGAGCUGGAUAGUUUAUCAAUGGAAAAACAAAUUUUGGAACAUAUGAAAAAGGCCUUUGAAGCUUUUUAUUUUGUAGAGGAUACUGAAUCUAAAAGUAGUCAAACAAGGAGAAAGGUUUCGCCUUGUAAAAUAUUAAAACCAGUUAUUAUUACUAAAGAUGAACUACAAAAAGCAGUGUACGGGACUGGGUACCCCAGUCUACCGACAUAUACAGUACAAGAGUUUUAUGACCAAAGAGUCAGGGAUGGAGUAUUUCCUGAUCCUAAUCAGAGUUCUGUUAUAAAUAACCCAAAGUCAUUACAUCAAAUAAAAGAUGAAGAUAGGGAGGCUGCACAGUUGAAUAUUGAUGAAGAAAAAGACGUGCUAGAAGAUUCAGAUGACGUAAAUGCUUUAAACCGAGCUCGUGCUAUGGAUGAAUACAAAGACGAACAUAGACGCGGUUGGGGGAACAGAUAUAAUCGUAGCUGAAUUUUAAGUUUCCAU